AUGUCCGGAAUGCACUCCUCCUUCUCCAGCUCCAUCACCGGCGACAGCCGUCACAGCUACGCUCUCCUCUCCGCGAUACAAGAGGGCUCAAAGGCCUCCUCUUCCUCCUCCUCCUCCUCUUCCCCCUCCCCAAAAGAGGCAGACGCCGCCUCAAUGUCAAGCUUCGGCAGCUCCGCUUCCCUCCUCAAGAGCAAACUGAACAAGCACUCCGCCGGCUCAGCAAAAUCAUCAUCGUCAUCAUCUAAAAAGUCUUCGUCCCUGAUUGCCCGCCAACGGGCCGCCGAGGACGCGAAUACUCAAAUCAUGAACUCGCAGGCUGCCUACUGGCCCGCAUCUAUCCGCACCGACUUGUAA